AUGCUGUCUGCUGCGCGCGCCUCGGCUUGUCGCGCUCUCGGGCGGUGGAUGCAGACGUCGGCUGCGGCUGGAGCUGCCGGCGGUGAGGCUCGAAGCAGCGGAGGUGCUGGCCAGUCGCCGUUUCCGGAGCGGCCGUGGUUUGUGCGGGCGCUGCGGGUGUCGGACGCGCUGAAGAACGAGAUGCACGAGCUGCAUGUGUCGGCGCCCGAGACAUGGACCGUCCUCCGCCUCGCCUCGCGGUACCAGCUCAAGGUCCCUCGGGUCAAGGCCAUUCUCUCGCUCAAGGCCAUCGAGGCUGCCGGCCAGUACCCGAACGAGGUGCUGGAGGAGACUCGCAAGCUUGAUGCUCGCAUGGAGGAUGUUUUCCGCGUCCGCCAGACCGGCCGCGAGGCCGAUGUGCACCGCGACAAGCGGGUGGGCGGGCCCGACUUUGUGGCUCUCUCCGACGACGACGCCGUCGCCGCCGCCGUCGCCAGCCGCCAGCCGCCCUUCCGCCCACCGCCGCCUGCGGAUCCUGAUGCAGGAAAGCCCGCUGCCGCUGCCGCCCCGCUCCCCGUCCUUGACGUCAACCCGGCCGCUGCCGACCGGGCCUUUGACAUCGAGGUCAUUGAGAUCGGCUCGCACGUCGACGACGACUCGCGCACCGUCACCAUCCGCAAGAAGGACGGCUCGCUGGUCGAAGCCGACGCUUCCACCCGGGCCGCUGCCAACAAGCUCGUCAACCCGCAGUUUGAUCCCCACGCGUACCACAAGCGGACCCAGGGCCGCCUCUAUCGCGACAUCAACCUCUCCGCCGCCAGCGCCCAGUCUGCCGCCGCCGCCGCCGUCGCCAGCAAGGCCGCACCUGCAUCGGAAUCAGCAGCAAAGGAUGAGUGA